GAGUAUAAAUGUUCCUUGGUUGGUCUGACUGAAUCAAAGAGUACUUUGUCAAGUUUGUAAAUAAAUCUUUUAUCAACUAGCUAUCCCUAAAAUGGUGUGCGAUGGUCCAGAUCCUCCAGAUGAUUCCCCACAAAACUUGAUUCCACCGCCGCGAAAUGAAUUAAUGGCUAACGGAAACCACGACGAUAGUGAUGAGGAGCAAAACGAGCAUUUCGGAUACGAGCCUCUACCACAGGGGCCGGAAGCUGUAUUUACGGACCAGGAAAGUGAUGACGAUAUCGAAAAUAAUGGAAUACAAACAGCUCCAAACAAUGUGCCUCCAAUAGAGCCAAUGGAGAAUGCCCUAACAAGGGAAAUAUGGAAUGUGCCUAGAGUCAAUGACCCUAUACAAAUGGACAAUGAAAGAGCACAACAGGUGAUGUCAUUAAUGGCUGACUUUGCAUUACCACAAGAUUCCAUCCCGGAAUGGGCACAGAGUGUAUCAGAAGAGCAAUGGAAAGAAACGCUCAAUGACAGGAUAGAAAAGUUACGGAGUAAUAGAUAAAUCAGGCUGAGAAUAAACCUUAAUUUUUUAUUAAGAUUUAAAAGUCUCUAUAGUCUUAGAGUUUUGGUUCGCUAAUUGCCAUCAAUUGCUAAACUGUGCUGAUUAAUAUUAAAAUCCAUAGUUCUUGACACUAUGGAUUAAUCACUAUUAUGUAAAUUGUUUGUUUAACUAGAAAGGUGAUGCGAUUUUUAUUCAAUUUAAAUGGCAAUCGGUUAUAUUAUUGUGUACAAAACAAGUAGUCCAAUCUGAACACAAGGUGUAUGACUGGAUUGUACAAAAACAGAUCUCAGCUGGUUUGGCUUU